AUUACUAGAAAUUUCGGGGAAUCUUAAAACGAGUUCCGAAAACAAAGCAGUAUUUUCUAAGAUGUUGGAUAAAGCUUCUCUUAUUUUUUCUUCUAAAGGAAAAUCGGAAACGCCAGGAAUAAAUGAAGAGGAUUCUAACAAUACUCUACUGUUUAUAAUAGUUUCAAAAAUUUUUUGAGACAUUAAAUUUAUCGUAGAGUAUUCUUUUUUAUGAUUUGAUAACUUUUGGAACUUUUUAAUAGCAUCUAAUUGUUCUCUUCGUUGUUGUUUAUAUAACUUUUUAUCUGUAAUUACAGUAUUAAGAAAAAUAAUACAACUUUUGAUAUAAUGUUGAUACAAAAGAGGUUUUUAAUAAUAACAAAGGAUACAUAGUUCUUCCGCCAAUAGGGAUUCUUCAUUUCCUUUUUCAGCUGAUGAGACAAUAUAAAAACCAAAAAAUAAAAAUAAUAAAUACCGAAAUUUAAGCAUAACCUCGAUUUAAUUCUUCUUUUUUAUUAUAUCAUGAGCUAUAUUCUAAAAGACAGUUGGUCAUUUUAAAAUUUUACUACUAUUAGAAUAUUUUAUAUUAAAAUUUCAAAAAACUUGUUGAAAUUAAAAAUUUAAGGUUUUAGUAUUAAUAUAAGAUUUAAGCUACAUUCUUAACAUCUACGUAUUUUUUCCUUUGCAUCAAAACAAAGUUAUAGUUGAUAUAGUUAAAGUCAAAUAAUGAUAUUUAAAGAAGAAAUUGACAACUUCAUAAGAUCAACUUCAGUUUAGUUACAAUAACAAAUAAGUCAAAAAUGGCUACUGGGCCAAAAAUUGCGUUGACUCCUUUAGAGUUGUUAGAAGGUCAAAGAGAACCCCCUUUCCUAAGUAAAAUAUGGAAUCCAGUAAUUUGGGGUACCAUGGGAUUUGUUAGUGUAAUUGUAGCUAAUUAUAUGGCUAGGAAACCUGUUUUCAGCGGUGUACAAAAACACAUCGGAGCAGUUGUUAUUUGUAGUGGAAUUGGUAAAGUUGUUGAUGAUUAUCGAAAUAAAUAUUUAGCGGAUAAAGACGCCGUUCUUCGUCACUACAUUCAAUUACAUCCUGAAGAAUUCCCACCUUUCGAACGCAAACAGUUUAAGGACGUUCUAGAACCAUGGUACCCGAUUCGUUAAUUUUUAGGUUAAUCUAUAGUGUUUAUUGUAAUUUGGAUUAAAUUAUUUAAAUUCUAAUGUUUGUUUUUUUUUAAAUUUAGUGCACAAUUUCAAAAUUUUUUUCCAUUUAUGGGUUUUAGUAGAUCUGCUGCUUAGAUAUUUUCUAUUUCUGAUAUAAAAUAUGAAUAUUAGCCGUAUUAAUCAAAAUUUACUUACUGUCGAGUCUCCUAUGGACACCAGGGAGAUCACCUCUGAUAUAGGGUUUAAAUAAAAACAAAAAAAAUUAUGGAUUAUUUUAUUAUUGAUAGUGGGCGAGAAAAUACACAUAUUUAUGUAAAGUUCUACCUGUAUACACGCAAUAAAUGAAUU